AUGCAUCUGGGUUUCGCUUUUCUUCUGCUUGUCCUGGCCUUUCUGAUCAUCCAGUUCAUAAAGCUGCAGAGGAUACGGAAGCAAUUCCCUCCUGGACCAACUCCUCUGCCUUUUAUCGGCUGCUUGUGGCAACCAAAGUUUUUCCGGCUGAGUCGUGAACUCCUGACUGAGGUGGCAAAAUCCUAUGGGAAUAUCUACACUUUGUGGUUUGGCUCCCUACCUAUGGUCAUCUUGGAUGGGUACCAAGCAGUGAAGGAUGGCCUUACCACCCACCCCGAAGAUGUCGUGGGUCGCCCUAUCCUGCAUUUUUUCAAAGUUUUUGCAAAUAAUAAAGGUAUUUUGCUUGCGACUGGCAAGACAUGGAAAAAUCAGAGGCGAUUUUCACUGAUGACACUGAAAAAUCUGGGCCUGGGGAAGAAAGGCCUGGAGUACCGGAUCCAAGAGGAAGCCCAGUACCUGGUGGAGAUGGUUAAGGAAACUAAAGGAAAGCCGAUGAGUCCGUCCUACUCCAUCGCGCUUGCAAUUGCAAAUGUGAUUUGUGCUGUAGUCUUCGGACACCGCUUCUCCACUGAGGACAAAACCUUUCACGAGCUACUUGAAGCCAUGGAAUGUAUUUUCACAUUUGCCGGUAGCCUCUUGCAUUAUAUUUACGAUAUUUUCCCCUGGCUUCUGAGCCGUCUCCCAGGGCGUCACAAGCGGGUGUUGCAGGCACGUGACUUUGUGUAUGCCUUCAUAAGGAAGGAGAUCCAAAAGCACCUGGAUGCUGAUGUCCCAGAGGACCCGGAGGACUUCAUCGAUUUCUACCUUGCUCAAAUAGAGAAAACAAAGCACCUGCCGAAAGCACCCUAUGAUGAAAUCAACAUGGUGCACUCCAUAUUUGACCUCUUCCUGGGAGGGACGGAGACAUCCAGUACUACCCUCACCUGGGCAUUGCUCUACAUGGUGCGUUAUCCAGACAUCCAAGCAAAAGUCCAGCAGGAGAUCGACGCCGUCAUCGCUCCUGGCCAGACGAUCUACUACGACGAUCGCAAGCUUCUUCCGUACACAAAUGCGGUCAUUCAUGAGAUCCAGCGCUUCAGCAACAUCGUUGCAGUUGGGCUGCCCAGGUACUGCAUGAAGGACACCAUGAUCCGGCAGUUUUUAAUGAAAAAGGGCACGACGCUCUUCCCAAACAUGGCUUCCGCCUUGUAUGAUCCCAAGGAAUGGGAGAUGCCUCUGUCUUUUCAUCCGGACCAUUUCCUGGACAAGGAUGGGAAUUUUACCUGCCGGGAAGCCUUCAUACCAUUUUCUUUAGGGCACCGAAUGUGUUUGGGAGAACAUCUGGCAAGGACAGAGUUGUUCCUUUUCUUCUCGAACCUUCUUCGAGCAUUCAAGUUCCAUUUGGCAGAAGGAAGCAAAGAUGUGACCUUAGAACCUGUUUGUGGUGGAACUUUGCAGCCUCACUACUUUGAAAUCUGCGCCAUUCCUCGACAGACUGCUCUGUGAGGAAACACGACCCUCGCAGGGCAAGGAAACACAGCAGCAGGACACCAACAACUCUGGUUUUCGGGCAUAGUAUUGCAUGUCUUCUUCAAAAUCCUUCAACACAAAAUCAAAGCGAGUGACUGGUACUGAGUCAGACCCAUCCAGCCCAGUAGAGGCAAGACUGACUGGCAGCCAUCCUCCCCU